UUAAAUUACCGUCAUCGUGAGGUAACGAUCUUAACGAUCUUCUCACAACUGUAAAAUUACAAUUUGUGCAAUAGAGAAAAAUGCGUUAUUCUGUGAUUUAUGUUCUCGAUUGGUCAACGUCUGUAAAAUUUAUGCUUUGACAAUUUGAACGUGCUAUUUCUUUAUCUUUUCUCUUAUCUCAACACUCGGCGUCUUGAGACAUUUGUCUGCCAUGAAUUCAAACGUUCCGGUAGAGACUUACGUGUUCCUCGAUCUCGAGACGACCGGCUUGCCGUCGAAAAAUUUCAGUAACACGAAAAUUACAGAGAUCUCUUUGAUAAGCGCCUUAAGAAAACACUUCGACGAGAACCCCUCCGAAGCCGUCCCUAGGGUCCUCAACAAGCUCACGAUGUGUUUUCACCCUUGCAAGUUCAUAACAGGAAGUGCGCAAACUAUUUCAGGGUUGAACAAUGAGUUACUCGAGGAGCAGUCAACUUUUAAUGUAGAAUUUUGUGAUUUGCUUCACAGUUUCUUGUUAAGACAUCCUGAACCUAUUUGUCUUUUAGCACACAAUGGGAACAAUUUUGAUUUUCCGUUGAUUCAAUCACAUUCUAAAUUUUUAAAAAGGCCACUGCCAGACGAUAUUCUUUGUGCUGAUACUCUUCAUGCAUUCAGGGAACUUAAAAUUGUCGAGCGGCCACCUCCAAGGCACAUACCACUUGACGUCAUGGAACCGUACACACUGCACAAUUUUGAGUUCGGCACAAAUUGUUGGCCUCCUGAAACUGAUGACAUAGGUCCCGAUGUUAUUAAGUUUCUUGAUGACAUAGAACAUUCAUUAUAUGAACAGUACAAAGGAUUGGAAACAGAUGCUGUUAUGUCUAGUUUAUACAAAGGGACACCAACAAGACGAGCAUCAGUGGGAAACCCACCGAAGAUAAAUAGAAAAUCUCCACCACUCCAUGAAUCAAUGACUUCAGAAAGAAUUAGAAGACGAUUAGAUUUUGAUAAAAAAUCUCCUAGGCCAUGUAAACCAUCGUACAGACUUCAGGCAGUCUAUCAGCACCUUUUUGGAAAACCACCUGAAAACUCCCACACUGCUGAAGGAGAUUGUUUAGCACUUUUGAAGUGUAUUGCAGCUAUUGGAACUCCAUUUCACGACUGGGUGUUAUCAAAUCACAAACCGCUAAAUCAAAUAUUAAAAUUGUGGUAAAGGUGAGAAAAAGUAAGUUAACUUUUUUACCAAAGAAGUUAAAUUGUUAAAUAUUUAUUCAUAAUUAUUAGGCCAUUUAUUUUUGAAGGCAGGCAAAAAUAAUUAAUUUGACUUAAUUGCUCUGCAACAUUUAUUAAAUUAAAAUAUUAAUUGGUCAAUUUGUACUACUUAGAAUGUGAGCUGGUUAACUCUUUGUUACCCCUGAUCAUCAGUUCCAACCAUCCUUGCAGUUGAUUUGACUUUUAUGAUUGUUAUUUCCAGUAUAAUUAUUUCUCAGCCUUCAAUGGUUUUUAAAGAAUAAUACUAGGGAUAAAGACAGUUUGGAAAGAAUGCGUGCCAUGUUGAUCUUUAUAAAUUCAUUAUAUUGAAACCAUUUUUCAAAUUUGUGACUGAAAGUUCAUAUAUGUUAAUCUUUUAAAUUAUUAAUUAAAGUUUCAGAGUUCUCAUGUAAGGCAUGUAUUCAUUGGAAGCUCAUUGAAGGAAUUGUUAGCCUUUUUCUUUCUAAUUGACCUUAUCCAUGAUUGUGUAUUUUCCACAUGAAUUGUGAAAGAGUACGAAAAGUCGAAUUUCAGGAUUGAAUUGGCAUGCUAAAAUCCAGCACCCUUGUUGCCAGUAGCUUGUUCUAUAAGUGCCUAACUCAGUGUGUGAUUUCACAUUUUAAAAAUGGUGGUGUAAAACAAAAUAAGUCAAAUUGAAUUGCUCUCUUAAAAUUACUCACUAAAUCCAACUUAUUCACAAUUCAUCCAGUAGUAAAAAUUUAUUUGUUAUUUUAAAUGUGUUCAUUUUCUCAAUUUUUUUAUUUAUCUCUUCAUGUGGCUUAGGCGAUUAUUUUGUCAAUGAAAAAUGUUAUUCAAAACUAUUUAUUUUUACUUGUGUAUUUCAAAAACUGUCUUGAAAUAAAGUUUAUUAGGAACCGAUGCUUAGUUUGAUGAAAUAAUGGAUGUCAAGCUUGUUUGUGACCUGUUGUAAAAUGUCAGUAAUAAAUCUACCAAGAACCAAAAUCUCAUUAAUUUAUAUUGUCACUACUACAAAGAACACUUUCUGCCCUAUUUUUAAUAAUUAAUGUUUAUUAAUGGUCGUUGUAAAUAAUUACUUUGAUUAUGUUUUUAUCUAAGGUCUUGGU